CUGCAGUCCCUCUGGAGCUGACUAAGCUGAUCAAUCAUUUACUAGUCCAAGAGCGCCUAGCCGCCUUUACAUAUUCUACAACUAACUACAGGUGGGCAGCUAAUAGUAUGCCAGGGUUGGCGAUGAACUUGACCCCCAGCCAGACUUUGUUCAAACAAGAAGAGGUAGACGAUGAUGACGACAAGGACUUCGCUAUCGACUUCGCUGUCGACGAGUCGGGCGAGCGCGGCGAUCUUCCUGGCGAGUUCGACGCCAACGCGUAUAGGUCACGUCCUCAGCUGUCUCAGCCAGGAGUCUUCAUGAGAAGUCUGGCAUACCUAAUCGAUGGGCUUGAAAGGGGAAAAAUCGACAUUGAUCCCGAAUAUCAGCGCGAGGUCGUAUGGACUGCUGAGCGCAUGACGAACUUGGUCAACUCUUUGAUGGAGAAUUUCUACAUCCCGCCUAUCAUUCUCAACAGGAAAGCAUCAGGUGGGGAUCCCAACUCAGUGACUCUAAUUUGCGUCGAUGGCAAACAGAGACUUUCGUCUGUCCGCGCGUUUGUGAAAGGUCUCGUGCCUUGCCAGGAUUAUCAAGGAAACAAAUGGUUCUUCUGUGAGCAUCCCGAGGGCAGGUCUCGCAAGGUUCUAUCGGAAACUCAGCAAAAGGAGUUCCUUGCGAAGGAAUUCUGCUCAUUCGAAUACAAAGACCUGUCAUCAGAACAAGAAGAAGAUCUUUUUGCAAGGGUACAGCUUGGAAUGCAGCUCACUGCUGCAGAGAAAAUGCGAGCUCAGAGCGGGCCAUGGCAAGAGUUGGGGAAGUUGUUCGUACAAGACUUCCCCACUAUAUUUGAACUUCUCAAAGAUCGCUCUCGCGCGAAAGACUUCCAAAUGGCACUCUCAUGCUUUAGCCAGAUUCUCGAGGUCGAGCAUCCUACUAACGCAAACGGCAUCCCAAUACUGCGAACCAAUUAUACCGCCCUUCCUAAACUCCUGCAUAAUAAAGCUGCACUUGACGAUAGACUCAAGUCACAUCUAGCGAAUGUCUUCAACACGUUCAAGGAACUCAUCAAGAACGAUCCAGAUGUAUUCACAAACAUUGGUCGCAAAUUGAAAGGUGUCCAAACUUUUGCACCAAUCGAGCUGGUGGCCGUUACUGUGCUGAUCUCGAUGUACUCCGAGACAAGAAGCAAUGGAUUACUCCUGGGCGAUAUUCGUUAUCUCCGUAACCAGCUCCGCGAGAAUUUUGUGGAUUUGAGAAUGAACAGGCCGGUGUGGAGGUACAUCUGGGAUUACAUCGACAAUCUAGAAAAAUAUCGAGGGGCUAUCAAUGGAACUACUAUCGAUCGGUCGGUGAGAGUGUCGAGGCCAUUGUUGCAAAGUGCUACAAAACCAGAACCGAGCUUUUCCCCUACCAUGCUACAGAGCGGUGCCAGUGUAUCUGAACCACAAAUACCCACUGCAAAUUCUCCAUCAACACUCCGUCAUGAUGCUCCGUUCAACGAUACUUCGCAUAAGAGCAAGAGGCCACGGGUGGGCAGUGGGUCAGCAGUAGAUCAUCAACAGGAUAGUGUAAACUCCAGAACAAUUUUUCCGGCCAAAAGUCAGACUCUAGUCAUAUCAGGACCGAAAAAGCCAACUCCUGCGUCCCACCCGGCGCCGAUUCGACCUUUACUUAUCCCAAACUCGCCCAUGGUUCCAACUCCAAAUGCUAUGGAGGUCCAUCAACAAAGUUACCCUUGGCCAGAUGACUUCCGUGCACCUACUGCCCCAAUGGUAUGGAGCUCCGAGCCCAUUCCGUCUGAGAGUUUGCUGAGCUCAUUCCCGUCACCGUAUCCGAAUCACUCAGUGCAGAAUACUAUUACCCCCCAUGCCGGGGGGCAAAUGAGUAACGCGAACGUGUACUCUUCGCCAGCACUACAAAGUUCGAAUAUUCCCAGCAAACCGAACGCCAUGCAGCCAUCAGAAAACCGGGAUCUGAGGCGAAACGUGGUGAAAGACACUCAACCGGUAAAGCCAGCUCCUCCAAGACCGCGCAAGCGCCCUCCACCUUCUUGGUCACUUGAACCAUUUGAAGACGGUGUAAUUGAUCUCACUUCCGACACUGAAAUAGAGGAAGAGCGCCAAAAUCUUCUGAGCUCUUUCCGUCGUCCUUCAAAUACUGCAGAGCAGGGAGUUAUUCCGCUCGCACAUAAUUCCAAUUCUCCAACUGCUUCUACUGGACCGAAGAGAGCAAUCGCACCAGCCACAUUCAAUCCUUACAAAAAAGGGCCGUGAACUUGUGGCUCUUGCUCUGCAGUCGGUGCUCACUGCGUUAUGGACACGGCAUUCUUAUUAUGAACAUGCAUAGCCAGUCACUUACACUAUUUAUGAAUUACGAACUGCAAAUAUACCAUUUCAUUGCAUACCUUCAACAACAUAUCAUCAGCCAAUAGCAGUCUUGGGUUUUAGGUGGCGGCAAGCGUCACCUCUUAUGCCGAUGCAUUACCAGAGUCAAUUAGUUCAAAUAGAAAUUUCGGUAAAUAUAUUCAGCACU